AUGUCAUACGAAUCCUCCGCCGCCGAAGUGGCGGAAGAUUACCGCCAGGCUCUUGAGGACCUGACUACCAACGUGCGCUUCGAAAUUAGCAAUCUUACGAUGAUUGCAAGAGAACAGACCGAACAUGCACAGGUCAUCUCUGAAGUGCUGCAGGACCACAUCUUGAAGGCCCCUGCACACAAGAAGCUGCCAGCCCUUUACGUCCUCGAUUCGAUCGUCAAAAAUGUCGGAACUCCGUACACCCUUUUCUUCGGAGCCAAGCUAUACCAAACAUUCAUGGAAGCGUAUGCCGCAGUCGACGGCCAAGUACGCCGCAAGAUGGAUGAGAUGUUGCGCACAUGGAAAGAACCUGUCCCGGGAUCUCUGGACAAGCGUCCAGUCUUUGCUCCGGAAGUCACUCAGCCCAUCGAGAGCGCACUCAUGAAAGCCCGGACGUCGGCUCUUCAAGCUCAACAAGGCCGCGGCCGUGGACGACCGGGUGCGCCGUAUCGCGAGACGCCCACGCCUCCAGGUGUGCGACCUGGAUCAAAUCACCAAGGACCCUACGGCCAGCCGCCUCCUAUGCAACAGCCGAACGGAAACCGACCUCCAAGUGCUCCGCUCCCACAUCAUCCGCAAAUGGCGCCAUAUGCACCCCCGCCAGCAUCGUACAGUGCUCAGCCGCCUUCAGCGGCCCCUGGUCCCUACCAGCCCCCUCCACAAAUGCCACACGCUGGGCUUGCGGGUGCUCAGACUGGUGUGAUAAGCAAAGAUUCUCUGGGUCAAGAUAUCCAGAAGUUGAUCGAUGCGUCGAAGUUGGAGUUUGCGCAGAACCCACAUGAUCAUAGUGUUCAUCAAAGACUUAAGGCAUUGUUGGAUGUGCAGAACUUGCUCCAGCACCAGAACUUGCCUCAGGACCAAUUGGUCCUUAUAAAGAAUCAAGUAGCCGAUCUUGCUGUAAAAGUGAGGCCGUUCGCGGCCCAGGGUCAUGCCCCUGCUGCUACGCCUGUCCCCCAUCAUCCACCGCCCGCUGCUGCGGCACCUGUAGUACCGCCGUCCGGACCUCCUCAGCAGUCAGGAGGCGUGACACUUGACGCUCUCUUCGGCCAAGGGGCUCUUGCUGCUCUGUUGACCCGUCAGUCAGCUACACCACAAGCACCAACACCAACGCCGCCUCCGCCGUUCCCGAACAUGGCGAUCCGAUCUCCUCCACCACAAAGAGCCGAGCCUCAACGGCAGAGUAGCGUUCCGCCCGCUGCGGACCCUAUGGCCUUGCUUGCAGGAUUGCGGCAAGCGGGAUUGCUGUCUGGAGGUGCGCCAAGCACUACGCCAACACCAGCACCGCCGGCUCCCGCGCCAGUUCCCCCUCCGGGAAUGCCUAUGCUGCCGCCCGGCUUGUUGCCUCCGAACAUUGCCAGCUUGCUAGCUGGCAUGCCGCGACCUCCCAUGCCGAAUAUGAACGCUAACCAGCUAGAUGCCACAGCGCUCAAACAGCAAUACCAGCCGCAUUUGAUUGCGUCAAUCUACGAGCAAUUAGGGCCGCAAUGCACGCAAUGCGGCAGACGAUUCAAGACAGAUGAGGAGGGCAGAAAGAAGAAGAUGGCGCACAUGGAUUGGCACUUCAAAGCUCACCAACGGCUUGCAGAAGCAGAGAAGCGAGGCCAGCAUCGCAGCUGGUAUGUCGACAAUAACGACUGGCUCAAGUCACGAGAGGCAGUCGAUGUCGACCACCCGCCAUCUACGGGCGAUGCCUCGUCUAGCCCCGGCAAGGAGAAGAAGGAAGCCAAGCCCAAGUACAUCCCUGUGCCAGAUGCGUCAAGCAGAGUCAACAGUGUCUGCCCUAUAUGUCAAGAAAAGUUCGAGAACAAGUGGCUGGAUACGGCGCAGGAAUGGGUUUGGCUGGAUACAAUUCUAGUCGGCAACCGGGCAUACCAUUACAGCUGCCACGCGGAGGCAACACAAGCCCGGGGGAGCACCCCGACAUACUCGAGGAGUACCCCCGAGCCGGUGCACCGCAAGCGGAAGGCGGAGGGUGACCACAAAUCUCAUCGAGGAAGAGUGAAGGCGGAGAACAGGAAAUGGGAAACAGAGCUCGAUUACUAG